GGACCUAAAAGUUUGCUUCUUGCGCUUUAUAUCUUCCAAAUAAACACAUUCUGGAAGUGCGACUCAACUGUUUGAGAAAACAAAAAAAGUGCGACUAAGUAAAUAAUCAUGCCAAAUCUCGCCAGUAAGGUUGCUGUUCUAGCCUGCGGGGGCUUGUCAUGGUGCAGCAAUGAUAACGCUGAGCAUACCAUCAUCAGAGAGGCAGCAACUCUUUUGGCAGCCGCACUAGCCAUUGCCUGCUAUGCAUGGUGGGUUCAGAAAUUCACCAAGAGCGUGCCGCCCUUGCCACCAGGUCCUCCAGGCUUGCCUAUACUAGGAAACCUUCCUCUCCUCCAACCUGAUUUGCAUCGAUACAUUUCCAAACUGUCUCAAAUCCAUGGCCCUAUUAUCAAACUUCAGCUCGGAAGCAAGAUCUGCAUAGUUGUAAGUUCAGCUUCAGUUGCCAAAGAGGUCCUCAAGGACCACGAUGCUAUCUUUGCUAACCGUGACCCUCCUACGGUAGCUAUAAUCGGCACGUAUGGUGGAUGUGACAUGGCAUGGAGAUCUAAUGGCCCCGAAUGGCGUAAGCUGCGAAGGCUUGUUGUUCGUGAAAUUAUGAGCAAUACAAGCCUUGAUAAUUGCUAUGCGCUGCGUCGACGAGAGGUUCGAGAAAUGGUGAAAGAUAUUUACGGGAAGGUUGGCUCACCAGUUAACAUUGGUGAUCAAAUGUUCCUUACCAAUCUAAAUGUGAUAGUAAGCAUGCUGUGGGGUGGUUCACUGAAUGGAGAGGAAAGAAGCAGGCUUGGGAUUGAGUUCAGGCAAGUUGUGGUAGAGUUUGUUGAAUUGUUAGGAGCUCCUAACAUUUCUGAUCUCUUUCCUUUUCUUACCCGCUUCGAUUUACAAGGAUAUCAAUCUAGAAUGAAGAAGGCUUUGAAGUGGAUGGAUGAGAUUUUGGAAUCAGUGAUAGCACACAGAAGAAAGGUUGAUCAACCCGAUAUCGGAGAGGGCAAGAACAAGGAACAAAGCAAGGAUUUUCUGCAACUGUUGUUGGAGUUGAACCAACAAGGGGAUUAUAAAUCCUCAUUAUCCAUGAAUGAAGUUAAGGCUCUGCUGUUGGAUAUGAUUGUCGCCGGUACGGAUACAACAUCCACUACUGUAGAGUGGGCGAUGACAGAGUUACUGCGGCAUCCAGAUAAACUGAGAAGUGCCGUUGAGGAAUUGGACAGAGUGGUUGGAGCCGGAAACAUUGUAGAAGAGUCUCAUCUUCCUCAACUUGUCUAUUUAGAUGCAGCAAUAAAGGAGACCUUUCGAUUUCAUCCGCCUAUUCCCUUGCUAGUACCUCGUAGUCCUAGCACGACUUGCACUGUGGCUGGAUAUACCAUCCCCAAAGAUUCCAGAGUUUUAUUUAAUGCGUGGGCGAUACAGAGGGACCCUGAGUUUUGGGAAUAUCCUCUUCGAUUUGAACCUGAGAGAUUCUUGAAAGACGCAGAGAAAGGCAACUAUCAAGGGAACAAUUUCCACUUUAUUCCGUUUGGAUCGGGGAGGAGAAUUUGUGCUGGAAUUCCUUUGGCAGAUAAAAUGGUCACCAACGUCUUAGCUACGCUGUUGCAUUCUUUUGAAUGGAAAACACCGGAUGGAACAAAGCCUGAUAUACAUGAGAAAUUCGGGUUUGCUUUGAAGAAAACAGAACCACUUGUUGCCAUACCCGCCGCACGACUAUCUAGUUCAGAGCAGUACCAAUGAUGAUUUGUAUCUCAUACUAGUAUUUUCCUUUCCCAUAAAACGUGUAAACGCUACUUCUGAAAUGGCAAAAAGGUACUACCUUGAUCGUAGCGUCCUCCUGAUUAGACACCCCCGGUACCCACUACAGGAUUGCACAAUCCAGAGCAAUACCACAUGAAUGGUUCUCUUUUGAAAUCAAUUCGACAUUCUCCCCCUACACCCAACUCUGUCCCAACUAUAACCAUGCACAACCAGAGGUUCUGCAGAGUCAAAACAAAACUAAAAAUGUGUGCAGCCAAGAAAUGGCAGAGGAUAACACAAGGCAGAGAAUUCACUUUUAGUUUAACUCGUUACCACACAAUGGUCCUUUACCAGUCUUUCGGAAUAAAAUAUAAAGAAGCUCAUUUCAUGAUAUUUAAUGUCAAAUAAUGCAUUAAAUAAAAACAUCCCAACAUAAUCUUUAGGCAACAAAAA